GGGGAACGAUGCAGAUGGGCGGCUGGGAUCAAGCAGCCGGGUUGGAAAUCAGAGCGGGCAUCCCAUGCGUAUGGAAGGGAGGGAGUGCUGUGGGCUGUGGAGGGGCUCGCAUCCAUGUCGCUGUUGCACUCUGCACACUGCACACUGCAUACUGCAUACUAUGUGACGGGUAUCGACUUGUCGCAUCGAUAUCUGCUGCCGGUCGCAGCGACGCUGCCCGAAUCAGAUCGGUGGAUCUUUCUUGCCAGACAAGGCUAGCCGGAUCCAGCGACGGUGCAGCAGCAGAGCCAGAAGGCUUGCUCUGGAUGCGUCAAGCUUGGCAAGAGCCUUUUUUCCGUUCUGCAGCGUGCGGCCUGUCGUCGGUCUGGCCUCUGCCUUCUUCGUCGCCCAUCGGCCGGCCACUCCCUUCCUUUUCCCCCUUCUCUACCAGCACUAUGUCGCAGGCACAGAUUCCACCCAGCCCGCUUGCCCCGCCGGAGAUCCUGGCCGAGUUCCGGCAGAGCAUCGAGGAGAUCGACGGCGUUCGUCAAGGAGACUGGGAUGACUAUGCGCUCUCACGCUUCCUGGUCGCUCGCCAGCUGAACAUCAAGAACGCCCACGCCAUGCUCAAGGGGUACGUCCAGCAGUGGAACAGCCGAGGAAUUCCAUCCUGGCCCAAGCACGGCAUCGACAAGGAUGUUCCUCCGCUGCAGAACGUCCGGGGUUUUGAAUGCUAUCCCGAUUCUAACUGGGAUCCCGACCACCCAGCCUCUCCUUCGGAAUUCCAAAGUCUCUCCAAGUACAUUGCUGGCGGGUGCUUCCACAAGAUCGACAAGCUCGGCUUCCCGAUCUACGUCGAGCGCACGGGUAUGCACGACACCAGAAACCUUGCCACAUACGUCAAGCCGGAGGAGAUGAUCAACUGGCAUGUCCGCAACAACGAAUUCCUGUUCAACGGCAUUAUGAAGGAGUGUUCCGAGAAGGCUGGCAGACACAUUGGCAAGCAUGUUGUGAUCUUUGAUUGCAAGGGCAUGGGCUUCCACCAAUUCAACCUGACGGCCAUCGGUCUGCUGCGAGGCGUCGGCGAGUUUGAUGCCAACUACUACCCUGAACGGCUGGAGCGACUCUUUGUGGUGAACACCCCCUCAUUCUUUUCCCGAGCCUGGAUGCUCAUCAAGAUCUGGCUGGACAAGAACACCCUCGAGAAGAUCCAGAUCAUCCACGACGACGGACGGGACGUGCUGCUCAAGUACAUUGACGCCGAGAAUCUGCCCGAGUUCAUGGGGGGCAAAUGCACAUGCAGCCACAUGGAGGGCGGAUGUGUGCCCCAGCGAGGCAACGGCGGCCUGCAGUCCUGAGAGAAAGGGCCGUGUGGGGUCUCGAACGCAAAUAGACCUGAUCGACGAUAGCCGCGAGGGCUGAACGACAGUGCCGGUGAAUUCCCG